GCUUUCGUUUUCAAGUGUUGAUGGGACAGAAGAUUAUUUACAGCUAGUUUCACUCAGCUCUCGGUUUUUCGCUGCCGUUUGGAAGAAAACAGACCAUCAGAAAUGGACAUGGACGAAUAUGACUUAUAUACAGCAGGCGCUGAGGGUCCGGACGCUGGACCAUCUCUGGACUACAUGAUGCAUCUAAACAUGAUCAUGAAUCAGCCACACUUACCAGAAGAGGACAUUUACACAGCCCGUCAUGAAAAACCACGUCCCUCAGCACCACUGGAUAUUGCUAAGUUUAAAAUCAAAGUGGACUGGAUAGAACCAUUUCCAGAGAGAUGGAGAGCAAGAUUGCAGAUAGCCCUUCAGAGUUGGUUGUCCCGACUGGAAGGAAAACCAUCUGUCCACAGUGUUAAACUCAUGGAAGAUCCAUCCUGUGCAGAAGUGCAGAUAACACCAUCAACAGCUCAAAAGGUUUUAAAAUAUCACAGAACUGUAUCUCUUAAGUUUAAAGAUUAUAAGGAUGGUAAAGAUAAGGAAGUGACUGCACAGAUUUAUCUAGAUGAAGCACAUUCUGUAUGUCUACCACAAAAGUCAAUGCUGGAGGAGAACAAAGCUCCAUUAUCAAAGGUAAACAGCAAUAAACCUGUGACUUCAGCAGUGUCAGAAGACACUAACACUGGUGAGGAUGUUGUUGCAGCUACAAGAGCUUCAAAUGAUGCUGAGAUCAGAAAAUCAUUUAAAAUGACCCAUGAGACCUCAGCUGGAAUCAAUCUUCCAGUCUAUCAGUUCUGGUAUCUGCAUCAUGCUUACAGAAAGGAGCUGGAGCUAAUUGAGAAACAACAUGGAGUCUCUAUGCAUGCAGAAGUGUCUGUCUCAUUCAAAUCCACCCAGAGAUCAAGCAGUGAUUCUGUCUCCAUAGCCUCGGAGGACUUUCAGAAACUUGUAUCUGAAUGUGUGGAGAGUUUUAGUCAUGCUUCCAUUAAUCAUAAAUACAUGGAUUCAGUUAUUGUGAAGGAGGCCCUUCAUUACAUCCGGUCAGAGAAGACAAAGAUGAUGUUCACCAUGUCUGCCAGUGACUGCCGGUUCUUAGGACCGAAGCAAUUUACAGACAUCAUUAAAAGAGAGACAACAAGAUUAGAAAACCAAUUUAAAAACAAAUCAAAGGAAAUGGAUGUAGAUAACAUUUGUCCACAAAGCAGAUCUUCUUUGGUCAUGGACACAAAAGACUUUCCGACUCAACUUGAGAUGGAUAAGGUGCAUUGGGAUCUGAUUAAACUUUCCUAUAAGGAACAAUUAUUAAAGCUUGAAACAAAGUACGGAGUGUUAUUUCAUGAAGAAAAACUGCAGAAAAAUGUCAUUAAGGUUCAUGCGCAAUCCAAAGGAGAUCAGCAUAUUAAUCUUGAAAGUCAUGCCCUCAGAGCUUUAACACAUCUCUACCAGAAACUAGCCUCGGCCGCUGUCAGCUGUGAACUCACAAAACCUACAGAUCAAACUGCAGUGGCCCCAAUAGUAGAGAAACUUCAGCAGCAGAAUUAUUCUGUUGUUGCCGCAAAUGAAUUCAGUCCCUGGAAGCUUGUUGGACUGCCAGAACAUCUUGGUCCCGCCAUUGCUGAUAUUGAGAAGAAACUUCAGAAGCAUGUGUUUGAUGACAAGAUGAAGAAACUGAUUGGAUACUCGGGUGACAUUCCUCAUGCAAGAGGAAUCCGGUGGAAUCAGAUGCCUGAAUAUGGUCCAGGAGCAGUGGGUGGAGCAGCAGGAGAUGAAGACGUGAAUUCUAGAGGGCGAGCUCAAACAGAUAGUUGUUUCAAUAAAGAAUCAGAAAUAAAUGCUAAACAUGAGAGUAAAGGUGCUCCUGCUGAAGACGUGACGUGUACUAUUUGUAUGGAAAGCUUCACUGACAAUGAAAAACUGAAAUGUGGGCAUGAAUUCUGUUGGGAAUGUAUAAGGAUGUCAGUGGAGAGUCUGGGACCCAUCUGUCCUGUGUGUAAGGAAGUCUUUGGGAAAAUGGAGGGGAACCAACCGGAUGGAACAAUGAAAGUAAUGAAGAACAGAUUGAGUCUCCCUGGAUACCCAGAUUGUGGCACUAUUCAAAUACACUACAACAUACCCAGCGGCAUUCAAAUGAAGAGGCAUCCAAACCCUGGGCAGUAUUUCCAUGGCGCAAGAUAUCAGGCAUACUUGCCUGACAACCGUGAAGGACGGGAAGUGCUUUCACUGCUGCAGAGAGCUUUUGAUCAGAAACUGAUCUUUACUGUUGGGACCUCGACAACCUCUGGUUUAAAGAAUGCUGUCACCUGGAAUGAUAUUCAUCAUAAGACCAAUACACAUGGCGGGCCUCUAAAUUAUGGCUAUCCAGACCCUGACUAUCUGAGGAGAGUAAAGGAUCAGUUGAAGGCCAAAGGCAUUGAAUGAGGAUUGGAUUUAUGUUCCCAAAUUCACAUCUAAGCUUAAUAUUUAAAAAUAAACCAUUUAUUGGUUAUAAUGUAAUACUUAAUUUAUAUAUAGUGAUUUUCAGAUGUAUUCAGACCCUUGACCAGUUUACUGAAAAACAAACUAUAUAAUGAAUUCUUGUUCUGUGUGAAGCAAUCUUAAAUCUCAAAAUUAAUUAUUUGAAAGUGAAAUUGGUUUUAACAAACUAUAUUUAAUGCAUUAACUAUCAUUAACUAUCAAUGAGCAAUACAUUUGUUACAGUUUUUUUAAUCUUUGUAAAUACUAGUUAUUGAAAUACAGCUGUUCAGUUUUAGUCCAUAUUAGCUCAGGUCAAUUGAGUAACACUAAUAGACUUUUCUUUUCAUUACUAAUCUUUUAAUAAUGCAUCAGUUAUUAAAAAAAAAAUAAUAAUAAUACUAAUUAUAUAUAUAUAUAUAUAUAUAUAUAUAUAUAUAUAUAUAUAGUCAUGGAUUUUCUGUUCCUUUUGUGUUAUCCCUAUUUGGUCAAGUUCUGUUCCUCAUUUUUUGUUAAUUAAUUAAUCCCCACCUGUUUCCUUUCCCCUCAUUAAUUUCCUUGUGUUUAAAAGCCCUGUCUGUUCAGUUCUUUUGGUCCACUAUUAAUGUGAUGUUAUGUUCUAAUGGUUGGAUGUGCCCUUUUUCUCCCGUGAUAAUUAAAAGAACUCUUUAGAUAUA